AUGGGAAGCAGAAAUCGUUCCGGUCUGGUAAUAGUGCGGAAUGAAUGGAUUCAACGUAAGAUCGUAUUGAACGUAAUUCUGUCCGAGAUCGUUCAGAUCGGCGAUUGCAAGAUUAUGUUUUCCAAUUUCGGCCGUGUGUCCGCUAACGGCAAGCGUAAGUCCUUCGGUCAGCCGGAUAACCAGAAUGUAACAUUGCCGUCCUAUACUAUAUUAGACCAUGGGCCAGGCAUGGACUGGAUGAACCACCUAGCUUUGCGUAUGGAAAUUCCCGUUAGAAUUACUCGCCGCCAAAAUUUGAGAAACAAAAAAACAGUCCAUGCGUAUAAUAAUUUAAUCCCACUACAGGCUAGUGAGAACCACACUAGCAGAAAUACGUGUAGUACCCCAUUAACCCCAAACGAUCAGAUAUCAGUUCCCUCUAGUCUCAACAUUGUUCACUUAAACAUUCGCUCGUUAAGAAAUAUCGUUCACCUUACUGAGGUCAAGGAACUAGUAAAGUUAAAUAAUAUCGAUGUCCUCACAAUUUCCGAAUCAUGGUUAAAUUCCUCAGUGACGAACCGUGAGAUAGCAAUGACGAUUAUAAGAUCCACAGACUUGACCGGUUACACAAGAAAGGUGGAGGUGUCUGUGCUUAUAUCAAGAAGAAUAUUAAAGCAACUGUCUUAA